CGAUUAAUCUUUAGUAUUAAUAGUAUUGUUCGUACGUUGUGCAUCGUACAGAAACAAAUCUUUAUAUAUUACGCACAUUAUAAAGGGUACGAAUUAAAAUGCUAACUUGCAUAAGAAAUGUAGAAUUUAUUUUUCCGGUUCACAUUAAUGUUUUUACAGAAGUUGUACCUUGGUCUUUGCUCGAUUAUUACCACCAACCAAGCGAUAAAAUUAAUCUCGAACGAUUAGACUGCAGUUAAAAGCGUUGACGAUUGUUUGUAUGACGGUCAUUUUGCAUGAUUAUUUAUAAAAUAAUAAAUAAUGAACUGUUUGCGUUACAAAAACAUUUGAACGCCUGCUGCGAUUAAUGCUGUUUUAUCUGAUAAAGAUCUACGCGCGCAUUCGAUGUAACAUUCGAUUCGAUUCUCACCGAAUUUAUUUACGCGAGAAUCGAAUUCGAUUAAUCGCAAGGUCUAAAUUAGCAAACAUUGGCAAUAGCAUCUAUGAAGAAUCGUAAAUUUCUUUGAAUAGCUAAUUUAUUCUGAUCUCGCAUAAAUCUCGAGCAUGUCAAGUAAGUUGCAACAUAAACGUAAAUUUAAAUUUACUGUGUUUGUUCGAAAUUAAGAAAUUCAGUGUGCAAUAUCUCGGCGAAGUUUUUUCGUGCUGAGAGCAAGUGUACCCGCAAAGGAAGGGACUAUCAAUAUAGCAAAAAAUCCAAUAAAGAUAAAUAUAAAAAGAAGUGUAUCUAUAUACGUACAUAAUAUAAAGAUAAAUAAAAAACACGUUGUGUGCACGCGAUACGACGAGAUACGAGCUCACAUUGGUAUGGAUCGGUUAAUCGUGGUGUUGUGCGGAAAUCGAACGAUACAUAUCGGACAUCGAUAUAAUCGAUUAGAUCAAAAUUUCAAAUUAACAUGAACUUUAAAUAUCAAAGCGAACGAGCUAAUUUCGUAAAUAAGCCACAUGUGAUCGCGAUGGUUGGACUGCCGGCACGUGGCAAGACUUACAUAUCCAAGAAAUUAUGCAGAUAUUUGAACUGGAUUGGAAUAAAUACGAAAGUUUUCAACUUAGGAGAGUAUAGGCGGCAUGCGACCACCGCGUAUCAGUGCCAUGAGUUUUUCCGUCCUGAUAAUAUAAAAGCAAUGGCGAUACGUACCCAGUGUGCGAUGGAUGCUCUCAAUGAUGUCUGUCAAUGGCUGGAGAGCGGGGACGGCGAGGUAGCCGUUUUCGACGCCACUAAUUCCACCAUAGAAAGGCGUCAGCUAAUAAGAAACAUCGUUGUCGAGAAAAUGGGUUUCAAGCUGUUCUUCGUCGAGUCCGUCUGUAACGACCCGGAAAUCGUUGAACAGAAUAUCAUGGAAGUGAAAGUGAGCAGUCCAGAUUACGCAAAUAUGAACAAGGAAGAAGUACUGGCUGAUUUCAUGUUAAGAAUCGAACACUAUCAAGAGAAGUAUCAGCCACUGGACGAGAAUCAAGAAAGCGAUCUCUCCUUUAUGAAAAUCUACAACACAGGGGAGAAAGUGCUGGUUCACAAGCAUGAGGGUCAUAUACAAAGUAGGAUAGUUUAUUAUCUUAUGAACAUCCAUAUAGUGCCACGUACAAUCUAUUUAACUAGGCACGGCGAAAGCGUGAUGAACCUCGAAGGUAAAAUAGGCGGAGACUCGGAGUUGAGCGAAAGAGGCUGGGAAUAUGCCAAAGCGUUAGCUACCUAUAUUACUAAUCAGGAUAUACAGGGUUUGAGAGUGUGGACCAGCUGGCUGAAGAGGACCAUACAGACAGCAAGCGACGUGAAUGCACCUCAAGAAAGGUGGAAAGCACUAAAUGAGAUUGAUGCGGGUAUCUGUGAAGAAAUGACUUAUGAAGAAAUCUCGGAGAAGUAUCCAACAGACUUUGCUGCUAGGGAUCAAAAUAAAUUUUCAUAUCGUUAUCCAAGAGGAGAGAGUUACGAGGAUUUAGUUGCACGGCUGGAACCGGUGAUCAUGGAGCUAGAACGUCAGGGUAAUGUUCUGGUAGUUACUCACCAAGCGGUUUUGCGAUGUCUACUUGCUUAUUUCCUAGAUAAAAGUGCGGAUGAAUUGCCAUAUUUGCAAGUACCGUUACAUACUAUAAUCAAAUUAACGCCGGUCGCUUAUGGUUGUAAAGUGGAGCACAUUCGAUUACCUAUUGAUGCAGUGGAUACACAUCGACCGAAACCAAAGAUCCCAGGAUAUCUAGAGGAACGAUUCAAAAGGAAAGGAAAUUUACUUCGCACGUGAUAACAACAACGUUUAUAGCACGACAGAGCUAAUUGUUACGAUUGUUACGAGGUGCUGAAGACGCAUUCUUUUGGCAGCUGGCUGCCUUUGCACAUUCAAUGCAACGUGCAUCUGUUUACUUCCUAUUUUAAACAAUUUAGACGAAAUAUACCUAACAGCAUCCAAGCUGUACCUUGUACAAGUUACUCGACCGAAAGGUUCUUUUCUAAUACAGUGGAGUCUCACUAAACGGGACUGUAAGAGAUUAUUAUUCUUCACAUGAAAUAUUUGAAAAUUUGGAAGUCCAUGAAUUUGAAAUUACUAAAUUUUUCUGUACACUAAAAAGAGGGAGGUCUAUUCCUAGCGUGCGUAAAAGGAACUUGCUCAAUAAGCCACAUGAAACGGAGGCAUGUAGCGAGACUGCACUGUAAUUGUGAACAUAACAUAAAUGUGAACGCGUAUAUUUCUGACUUUUACAUCGUCGAGCUCACCUUUGAAAGAACACUAGGAUAUUUUAUGUAAUGAAAUUCACGGGGAAGUACCUGGUGGAAACUCGAGACAGCAUGUAACCACUUACGUACAUUAGUUUCGAAGGUAACUAAAGUGAAUCUAUCGUGAUGAUCGUACUCGAAUUAGCGAGAAAAA